GUUUGGCCUGUCUUUUCAAGAACAUGAAGAUGAAUCUAAUGGUUCUGAGGUAGAUUUAGAUGAGAUUGGCAAGCCUCGUUUUUCUUGCAUAACAAAAGUCGUUGGUUUCCUAGACAAGGAACUUGCUGCUAGUGGUUUUACUAGAAAGGAUCAGGAUGACAUUGACAAGGUAUGA